UUUCAAUGGAUUUGACAUCAACUUCAUCUGGAAUUGCCCAAAUGCCUGUUGUUGAUAGUUCAGACACACUUGCUGAUAGUUUGCAAUGCUACUCUCCUACUAAAAAAGAAACUUGGGAGUCUCUUGCUUUUAAAUCGGUUGAAGAGGUUGAAAAAUUUUAUGGUGAUUAUGCACUUAAAAGUGGGUUUUCAAUUCGGAUUUUGUUGAAAUCAAGAAACAAUUCACAGAAUCAGCCAACUGAUAAAAUACACUAUCUACGAUAUGGAUGUAACAAACAAGGUUACAAGAAAGGAAGUUUGCUUGAUCCGAAGAACAAGCCAAAAUCAGAGAGUCCGGUUGUGGUUGAAUUUGAGAAAGUAAAAGAAAAACCUGAGGAAAGGGUUGGUUGUACAGCUGCCAUAUUUUUGAAGUUGGAUGAAACUCUGAAUGUCUUUAAGAUAUACAAAUGGGAUGUGCCCCAUUGUCAUCCGUUACAUAAACCGGAACAUGGAUGUUACUUGAGAUCAUUCAGACAAGUCAAUGAAGUGCAAGGACAGCUUGCUGUAAUAAAUUCGAAAGCCGGGAUGUCGAUGAGAACUUCUUAUGAAGUCAUGGGUCAGGGAGUUGGAGGAACAGAUAACUUGCCUUUUCGAUUUUCGGAUUUAAAGAAUUAUCUGAUGACAAAUCGGCAAAAAGAGAUGCUAGUUGGUGAGGCAACCGUGAUUCAAGAUUUUUUUAGAAAUGAAGCUCUGUCGAAACCAUCCUUUUAUUAUGAUAUUCAAGUUGAUGCUGCGGAAGAUAUAGCUAGUAUUUUUUGGGCAGAUGGGAUUAUGCAGCUUGAUUAUGCCUUAUUUGGUGAUGUUAUAAGCUUUGAUACAACUUACCGAACCAAUAAUCAGUAUCGCCCUUUAGAGACAUCAUACAUAUUCAUUGCUUACCCUGCGUUUGAAGCUUCAGCCCCAUCAAAAAACUCCGGAAACUUCAUGAUAGUUUCCUGUGUUAAUGUGAGUCCAACAUUGUUUGUUUCCGGUGUCAUUGUCAGCUUCACUGAAUCAUCAAUGAUUUUGGUUGCUGCCUAA